CAAAGCAUCACACAAACAAAUACACAAAACGAAAACCUUGUGUUCCCUUCGCGUCCUGGCGCCUCCCCUCCCCCCUCGCUCUGAUCAAGCUCGCCGGCGGCGGGCGCGGUGGCGGCCGCGCAGUUGCAGGGGUGUGGCCUGGCGGCGCGGCAGGGCGGCGGCGGCGGCCUGGGGCAGGGCAUCGCCGGCAUCGUGCGGAUGGCGGUGUUCUGGUACUUCGCGGCCAAGUUCUUCGGGCCCAAGCGGCCGCCCGCGGAGCCCGGGAUGCUCAUGUCCAACCUCUUCCAGAAGGGAGAGCCAAUGGGGGGAUUUAAGAAAGCCGUUCGGCCUUUUUGAUUGCUACGUGCGCGAGAUUUUGGUUGGGUGAUGCGCUUUAGGUUCAUGUCGCGGUUUAUUCGUUGGUGCGCAAGUAAAGGCGGCGGCUUUACGAUGGUGUGGUGAGGUUAAUUGGGUUGUGUUUGCUCCGAUGCUAAGACAAUUUAGGGUUUAAUCGGAAGUUGUUUGGUUGAUGUGAUCCGGAACCUGUUUUGUUUAUAGCUCGUGGGCGCUGUUACGCAAGAGGCGUGCUUGUGGGGUGAUUGGUGGUUUGGAAGCUUUUGGGUUUAGCCGUAUGUGCGCAAUCAGGAUGCUUUGGAGCCUGGAGAUCACGUGAAGUUAUUGGUGCUCUGCAGCAGUAUUUCUUUUACUGUGAGAAAGAAGAUCGUACCUUUGGCGUGAUUGGAUCUCAGGAGGCUAAGCUGACGAUUGUUCACGAUUUUCAAGGAAUAGUAGAGGGUUUUAUGAAUCUAGUUAUGACUAGAUGCCACCAAAUUCGUUAGAUCGUGUGAAGAUGUAUUUUGUUUGAAUCAUUUUACUGUUUAAGGUAGGGUUUUGACUUUAGAAUUGUUUGUUUGUUUGCCCUGGGAUGAGAGGAGGAGAAGGGGGGGGGGGGGGUUACCGGUAAAAGGUCCCAUGGGUUAGUUGUGUAGAUUAUGUUUAGUAAGGUAAAGGUUGGUGUUGGUGUUCUGGAUAUUGCCGACCAUGUGAAAUAUACAGUUGCUGUCAGUCAUUUUCUCUUGUUCUGAAAAUUAUUUUUCCUGUAUUUGUGCAUGUGCUUUGAUCUGAAGGCUUGGUAGAUCAUAAUUUAAGUCUUUGAUUUAGGAGAUAAACUUGUGGUCAAGUUGAUUAUUCUGUAUGCUUGUUGCUUUUCGUAUUGGCUCAUGAGAUCCUAAAAUAGAUGAUUAAAUGUUGCUUGUGCUUCAAAGAUCAAGAGAUCACUCACUUUUGAUAUGUCACCCUGGCGUUCUUUCUUUUUGCUAAAUUUGUGUACCUUGCAUUUUUACCUUCCUAGACGAUAUAUGUAUUGAGUUAUAUGGCUAGCGUUCAUGCUUUAGCUAGGCCCUGUCUUUACUCAUUUGGCAAUUUUUUUAUAAUCUAAACACCAAUUGUGUGGUGGCCUACGCUACUGCAGGAUAUGUGGAUGUAUUUAUCAGAGAAUAAGAAGUUCAAUGACUUUGCUAAUGAGGAUGCACUCAUUUGGCACGAGGCAAACAUACCGUAUGCAGUUUGGGGACCUACCAGUACCAGAACAUGAUCAUUAACAUACUAUCCUUCAGAGGCUCUCAAGCACAAUGGCUCUUUGUACGCUCAUGUUUACUUCGCCCACUCGGGUUACCCUGUGGACCCUACUGAUCCAGAAUAUGAGCAUAAAUCUGCAUUUGGGAGGACACAUCCUGUUUUGACAUUCUUGCCGAAAUCAAAAGCCGGUAAAAAGAAGAGCUUGCUUGGAGAUUCAGAGGAGUCUGAAAAACAAGCGCCACCAAAGGAGAAUAAAGAAUCUGAGGAUAAAGACGAGGGUCCAGUUGAAUAUAUCGCAUAUUGGAAACCAAAUGUAACAAUAAAUCUUGUCGAUGACUUCACACAGUAUCCCCACAAUAAUGUCCCUGCCAUUGUUGCUCCAUAUUUGAAUGUGGAUCCGGCUACAAAUGUUUACUAUCCUACUGUAUUCUUCAACGAGUUUUGGCUACUGAGGGAUAAGUUGAUAGCACUCAACGAGACUGUGGAGGAACUGCCCUUAAACCUCGAAGUUGGUCCUAUUAGCACGACCAAGUGGCAAUUGUUUCUUCAGAUUGAGCAGUCCUUCCAAGUUCAUCGUAGUUAUGGAAGUAUGCUUGAAGGCGAGGCUGAUGAACUCAAGAGGGUUUUCCUUGAAGGAAACCCAUAUCUUCUUGGAUUGACCAUGGUUGUUUCUCUGUUACACUCUCUGUUUGAUUUCCUGGCUUUCAAAAAUGAUAUUCAGUUCUGGAACAAGAACAAGUCCAUGGAAGGUCUCUCAGCAAAAUCUGUGGUUCUGAAUUUUGCGUGUCAACUAAUUGUUUUCCUGUACCUUCUUGACAAUGACACUUCAUGGAUGAUCCUUGCUAGCUCUGGAAUCGGAGUGUGCAUUGAAUUUUGGAAGAUUGGAAAAGCAAUGCAUAUCGAUAUUGAUAGAAAUGGAAUGAUUCCCAUGUUGAGGUUCAGGGACCGUGAAUCCUAUGCACGGAAUAAGACCAAGGAAUAUGAUGCGAUUGCAAUGAAGUACCUUUCCUAUGUCCUUUUCCUCCUUGUGAUCGAUUUCUCCAUCUAUUCCCUUAAGUAUGAAAAACACAAGAGCUGGUACUCAUGGAUACUCUCUUCUCUGACAAGUUGUGUCUACAUGUUUGGUUUCAUUAUGAUGUGCCCCCAACUAUUCAUCAACUACAAGCUGAAGUCCGUCGCUCAUAUGCCAUGGAGACAAAUGACCUACAAGUUCCUCAACACUAUAAUAGAUGACCUUUUUGCAUUUGUUAUCAAAAUGCCAAUGCUUCAUCGUCUCUCAGUUUUCAGAGAUGAUGUUGUCUUCUUGAUAUACCUCUACCAGAGGUGGGUAUAUCCGGUUGACAAGUAGCGUGUCAAUGAGUUUGGCUUCGGAGGCGAGGACGAACCACUAGCACGGGAGACUUUGGAAGCAAGUGAUUCAGCAGCCGCGGCCCAGCAAACCGAGGCCGAGGCUGAGACGAGCACGGAGGACAAGAAGACAAAGUGACCCCCCACGCUUUUGAUCAUCCUAAGAUCUCGGCACCACCGGCCGUUUCUGCCAGCGGGCGUGGAAUUUGUUUGCUGAAUCGGACGCUGGGCUUGCUGCGUUGCUGAGAUGCUGUCCAUAAGAUGUGUAACAGGGGGAACACUCAUAGUCCUGUCCGAUGGACGGCGAGCGAACAGUCACACUAUCACCAUUUACUUUUUCAGUUUGUUUUAGCAACCAUUGCUUAGGUGAUAUUCAGGGAUGCUUGUUUUUAUCGGUUUCUAUAUAAUUUUCCGCGUUUGCUUGAAAUGUGUGACAUAGUAUGUUUGAUUGGUUG